UUAGAGUCUCAGAGCUCCUCGCGUUGAGCCGCUCGCGGUAGCUUCUUAAAAAGCGUUAGAAAUGGUCGCAGUGCAAACAAAAAAUAACAGCUUAGAGAAGUACAAUCCAAGAGGACGGGGAAUUCCUCAAGGAAGGCGCUCGUGGCUGUGAUAGCAACAAGUAUGACUUAGAGGAAAAAAAUAGGACACAUCCUGUGUUUAAGCCAAUAACAGUUCACUGGCCACCCCCUCUGCAUCCUUGACUCUAUUUAGUUUCAGCACCACUGUGCAAAACUCUGUUCUUCUACUCGGUGCUUCUGCAAAGCUCAACGCGAGUCACCAUUCCUGCGGUCCAUCAUCUACACAAUUAUUGCUAAUAAGAAUUGUCUUGUAUUUGGACAGCUUUUCGCAGACCUGUGCGCCCCGUGACGCAGGAAGAACUACUUAAGGGAGAUUAGCACAGGCGAGGCAUUAAAUCCAACCUCCCACCAGUCACACACCGCGCGACCUAUCAACUUGAUCUGAGGAUCGAAAAUAGGAGGGCUCAUAUAUUAAUCAGCACUUCGGACUGGAAGACAAGUAAAAGUAGGAUCGCCCGGUGAUCCCCUGGCAUAGCAACUGGCCACGGCGCAGGAACAAGGACCGUGAUCAAUGUUUUCGGCAGAUAAAAUCGGGCCCAUUGGACAAUAAAAAGGAAAUAGGCAAGUGGGGUUUUCCCGCGGAUUGAGUGCGAAGUGUUGUGCGCUCUCGUCUCCGAAUGAACAGAAAUGGGGGAAUGGACCAUACUCGAGAGGCUCCUAGAGGCUGCUGUCCAGCAGCACUCUACUAUGAUAGGAAGGAUCCUAUUAACAGUGGUGGUGAUCUUCCGGAUUCUAAUCGUAGCCAUAGUUGGAGAGACAGUUUACGACGACGAGCAAACAAUGUUCGUGUGUAACGCGUUACAGCCGGGCUGUAACCAAGCGUGCUACGACAAGGCCUUCCCAAUCUCACACAUAAGAUACUGGGUGUUUCAAAUCAUCAUGGUCUGCACCCCGAGUCUUUGCUUCAUCACCUACUCGGUUCAUCAGUCUGCAAAACAGAAGGACCGCCGCUACUCCACCGUCUAUCUCACCGUGGAUAAGGACCAGGACUCACUGAAGCGGGAGGACAGCAAAAAGAUAAAGAACACCAUCGGGAACGGAGUUCUGCAGAACGCUGAGAACUCCAAUAAAGAGGCCGAACCCGACUGCUUGGAGGUUAAAGAAAUGCCCAACGCAAGUUUGCGGCCUGGCAAGUCCAAAAUGAGGCGCCAGGAGGGCAUCUCCAGGUUUUACAUCAUCCAGGUGGUUUUCAGAAACGCCCUGGAAAUCGGCUUCCUAGUGGGCCAGUACUUCUUGUACGGAUUCAAUGUGCCCGCCGUGUACGAGUGUGACCGGUACCCGUGCAUUAAGGAGGUCGAGUGCUACGUGUCAAGGCCCACAGAGAAAACGGUCUUCCUGGUGUUCAUGUUUGCUGUCAGCGGCUUCUGCGUGAUACUUAAUCUGGCCGAGCUCAAUCAUCUGGGCUGGAGGAAAAUCAAAACGGCCGUAAGAGGAGUUCAGGCCCGAAGAAAGUCCAUCUACGAGAUCAGAAACAAGGACCUGCCCCGCCUGAGCGUGCCGAAUUUCGGCCGCACUCAAUCCAGUGACUCUGCAUACGUGUAGUUCAGUAUAUCCAAGUAUCCAGCACACAUGGACGAGAUGGACGACUCUGCUCGCCGCUAUAACGUGUCAUCAGUUAAAGGAGUGGGUAAUUUCUUUCUGUUUUCUAGUCCUUUAAGGACGGCGUGGAGGAUGGCUGACACGUUUGCGCUGAUGCGACUUUUCUCCGUGCCGUUUGGAGCACAAGGACAGAGUACACCGCGCAUUUACUCUCAUGUGGGCCGCUUAGUUGUAGGUACUUGAAGAGAGUAAAUGCGUUUUGCACUAAAUAACGAUAAAACCCGGGCCACGCACGUCUCUCAUUGUGCCGUUAACGGUGUUUUUAAGCGAUUUUCCAUCGGCUUUUUCUCUCACUUACAUUUUAGCUAUAGGUACAACGCACAGCAGUUGACUGAAUCCACAUUCAGCCUAUAAAAUGAGAUCGAAUAAUCUGUGGGACGACUUAGGAAAAAGUUCAUAGAAUAUAUAAAACACAUUUUCUGUUUUGUUGCCUGUGUUGCACCGCUGACCUUAAUGUAUGUAACCAUUCCAGAGCUUUAGUGGAUUUGCUGCAAACGCUUACCUUAAUUUUAAACCCACCAAAACGACCACGGCUUUUAUUUGUCAAGUGUUAUUUAUUUUUUCGUGUAAUUAAGUGCCAUACUUGUACAUAAGAUGCAUAUGUAUACAUACAUAUAUAUAUAUAUAAAAAAAUCUCUAAUAAUAAUAAUUAUUAUUAUUGACAUUAUGAAAGCGGAUUCCUUGCUCGAAUUGCUAAACACCGCCCAGGUUUGCUUGAACUCUAUUUGUUGUGAAUUAAUGAAAAAAAAAAAAAUAUAUAUAAAUAUAUAGAUAUUCGGCAUUUUUCUCUUUUAACUGGAAACCGAAAAAUGACCGAGAAAUAAACAAAGUGCUGGUCUUUUUUGUACACAGUAAUCUCUUUAUUCGCCAUAAUAAGUGAUCAAAAUGAUAGCACACAUAUUUUAUAAGAAAUUAUAUAUUAUAUAACGGAAAAUCAAAAUAUGGACAAUGAGAACUUCCUCUGGUGCUACAUUUUUUCCACCUAUCAGCUGUCUGUGUAACCCAGGAAAAUAAGGAGAAAAAAUAUUUUCAUCAGAGCAAACAAGUGAAAUAAAUUUACACCACAGCCGUCUGGAGCCCUGAGGCUUUCUCUGCAUCUCUCUGUGACCUGGCAUGCGUCUAUCUCAGGCACUAAGAACGAAAUGUGCUGCAUUAAGUGUCAGUAUGAGGUAUGAAAACUGAUUUGACUGAAAUCUCAUCCUUGUCAGUAAUGUUAGGGAUUUCAUAUAUUUAAAUAAUGUUUGUUUCCAUCUAUUCUGAAUGCGCUUCGUAACUGUGACCUGGGAAAUAUUUUGAUUGAGUCUAUCCAAAAUUUCACACAGUAUUUUCCAGUUAUCAGGACUUUUUAUACCCUUUGAAUUCUAAGGUCAAGUAAAGAGCUGCAUGUUUAAGAAAGCAUAUUAGAGAGCAUUAGGAUGUUGUCGAGGAAUUGCGGGGUCUCCGCUGCUAUUGCUUGGGAGUUGGUCUUUUCCCCCUUUUUCUGUUCCUGUCUUUAUUUGUUGCGGACGAAAUAGUGCAAUGUAGCGUCUACAGAUAUUCGCUCUUCCUGAAGGUCAGGAGAAAAUAGAAAUGUUAAGAAAAAAGUUUGACCGCAGUGUGGGAUCUGAGCAUCAAGGAUGAUCUAGGGACUCGCUCACUGCAGCAUCUGCCAUAAUGACCCUGCAAUGCAAGACUGAAGAUGGAGGAGCUGGUAACUCUCACAUCAAUCUUCAACUCCGAAGAGAUGUUUCAGGUUUCCGAAGCUCAGUAACUAACUCCUAAACUCAUAAACAAUGCUACAGGGAAGAAAAGUGUAACGUGCCUGGUCGGCCGGACAGUGCAAUGCAACACUCAGCCUUUUUCUCUCCUCCCCUUUCUGUCCUAUGACCAACAUUCCAAGACUGCAUUUAUCUUGAAUCAGUGAGAUACACACAGACUUUACUGAUAAACUGUCAUGGGAGUCCACACACCUCUAAACCGAGAUGUCACUGAACUGAGCACAUUGUGAUUGUGUAUGCAAUCCAAACGAAAAAAAAAAAGCUUUAAUAAAAAACCUUCCCUGCUGAAUGUGAAAAUAUCUAAAUAUCUCAGCAUUUCUACCCCCCCCCCUCUCGCUCUCUAGCUCCCUCCCUCUGCUUUUUUCCUCUCUCUCCCUUCCCUCCCUUUGUGUGUCUGCAUGUGGUAAGAUUGCGGCAAUAUUCUUUCUGCCUACAUCUAUAUAGCAUUACGCUACCCUGUUUAUCUGCAUCCAUACUGAGACACCGAAUUGUGUUCAUGGCAUUCAGAAAACAUAUAAUACAUAUAAUAUAUAAACCUCUUAAAAGAUGAUCUUUUCCAAAAAGCAGUUUUACUUAGAUUUUCUAGGUGCAGAAAACAGAGUGGAAAUAUGUAAAUUAAAGGAACCCCAUUUAGAAUAGGAAUUGAUGAGCAAACAGGAGCAUGUGGUACCCAUGCUAGAAAUGUGGUACCCAUCAAUAGAAUCAAUCUAUUGAUUUAUCACAGCUUCGAUUCUUCAGUCUUUUUAUACCUAUGGAAAACCACACCCUUAUAUAAAUGUGUGGACUUAACAAUCUUCUUAUUUACUCAUUUACUAUAAAUUAUUCUUAAAACAUAAUGGCAGUAGUUUAUUGCAUAGUUAUAGUCGAUGUUUCCAAAAAGAAUACAAAUAAUAUAAUAGCUCACAUAUAAGUGCCUUUUUAUAUGCCCAUAUUAAGGCUUUCUUCCUGCUAAAGGAUCAUUUGUAGUCAAUGUUUAAUAUUGUCCAUCAAUGCCACAUAUUUGAAACGAUCAUGAAUCUAGUCUUAAUCAACACAUUAAUCUAAAUCAACACAGCUAAAUUGUAGUUCUUUUCAUUAUUAUAAUACAUGCUGAAAUGAGAUGUUGAGGCUUAAGGCUGGCAGAGUGUUGAAAAAAUUACCUUUUUUUUUUUAAAGCCCUGAAAUGCAGCUGGAGCAACAUUGAAGGUCAUUCCUCAUCUGAAAACACUGUGCAUUAUGAUACAGUUAUAUAAGAUUUCUUUAAUAUAAUCAUAAACAUAAAAAUAUAUAAUAUAUCCAGCUACAUCAAUGACUUUGAAAUUCUAUUUACAUUGUAAUAGAACUGAAAUGGAUUUUCUAGUCUAUGGUGAAGUCACAAUCAUGCACACUGAUAUUCAACCCUUUUCAUUUUUGUUUAGAGAACUGCAGAAAAGGAUGUCAUGUAGUAGCAGAUUUCCAAGCAAUACACAUUUGCUCUUUUGUCAAAUAUUACUGCAAUAUAAGUGGAGACAUUAAGAGUACAGAUACAUAUUUACGUUUCGGUAUUUAUGAAUUAGUAUUAAUAUUAAUGUUUAUGGUUAUUAAUCACUUCACAGAUAACGUUAAAUAAACGCUAUAAGGACAACUGAUGUUCCACCUUAAAGACAGUCACAGUGACAUUUUAAGAUCUUACAAUUUUUUAAAAGCAUGAACAUGAAGCUCAUGUAUCUUUGAAAAAUCUUAAACACAAUAAGCCCCAUGAAAGCAUACAGCUAAAACUGUAAAUCUGUCCUUGAAUAAACUUUUCAUUUCAAAAGAAGGCACAUGCACAGAAGCAGGCGAAGCUUAAAUCUACGUCUUCGGAGGACUGCAGUGAAAGGAACCAUACGGCCAGGAGAAAAUGCUGAAUGCUCUUUUUGAUUCACAGAUGAAGUCAGAUGUUAUAAAAAUGAGUCUGCUUACAGUUUAGUCACACCAUGAAAGCAUUAUGAAAAAUUACAUAUGGCACACAUGACAAAAUUCAGCAUCUGCUAAGCACAGUACUGCAGUAUGUUUAUCAUCGGUAAAAAAAAAAAUAAAGCUCAGGAUUCUACAGAUUUUGUGACCUCAUUUCUUCAUCAUUUUUGUCCAGAUGUCCUCUAAAAAGGAAGUUACAUGCAUCAACAGGAAAAGUGUUUCAUAUGAAAUUAAGGCAAUGUCAUUUCAGUUCACCUAAACUGCCUACCUAACCUGCACCAUAGUAAUAAAAAAACAAAAAAACUCAUUCUCUCUCUCUGUCUCUCUGUCUCUCUCUCUCUCUCUGUCUCUGUCUCUCUCUCUCUCUCUCUCUCUCUGCCCCCUCUUUGAUUAUUCUUCAUUACUGCAGCCACACAAAAGCCUCUUCUAGUGAGGAGCUAGAAAAAAUAAAAUUCCAUCAUGAUUUU